UUAUGCGCUUUUAAUUAUAAAUUCACACCAACCACAAUGACCGUGCGAGACAAAAAUAUUCUUAUCUCGGUCAUAUCAAAGAUUGGAGUAAUUUGUUUGAUCCUUCCAAUUAUUUCUGCUCGAAUUCUCGGCCUUACUUCUCCUCUGGGACCGAUCAACAAAUGCGAGACUGAUGAGUGCAAAACGGAACGUUUGGAAACUGCCGCAUUGAUUCUGAAGUAUCGCGAUGAUACGACCUCACCUUGUGACAAUAUCUUCCAACAUGUGUGUGGAAACUACGAAAAAUCCGACCUGACCCACAACUACGACUUCAUCGAAUCCACGAGGACCGCCUUCAGGGACAAGAUGAUUGGAGAAGAAAUGGAGUGGGUUGAUAAAUCGACAGUCUACAAGCUGAUCCAUGACUUUUACACAGUUUGUAUGGACGAAAUAGAGGCUGGAGGAGAAAAGGCUUGGGAAACUCUUAAGAGCGCGAUAAAUUCACUGGGUGGAUGGCCAGCUGUAGAAAGCGACCAGUGGAAAGAAGCUGACUUCAAUUGGAUAGAUUUUAUUAGUAACGCCAAGAAAUUAGGUUUCAAAAGUCCUUUCCUCCACUGGGUGCCGAAAACUGACGAUGAGAUGACUGUUUUGACAUUCUCUCUUCAAAUGCCUUCAUCCCACUUCGAGGAAGGAAUAGACCCGGAUAUACCGUUGCACAGACAAAUUUACACCGACCUUAUGUUCAAAAUGGGUUUUGACUUGGGCGCUACUGACAAGAAGAUCGACAAGGACUUGGACGACGCGGUAGAAUUUGAAUAUGCGUUGUAUAACUUGACCCGUUACGACACAGCCGUUCCCCUGAACAUGAUGAUGGAAGAACUUCAGAAGGAAUACCCCAGUGUUGACUGGAGCAAGUUUGUAGAGAAGACGCUAACACCUUACCUAGAUGCCGGGGAUAAGCCAGUUUUGAGUGUCGACAGCCCAGGUCGUAUGAAGAAAUUCUUUGACCUUAUGGAGAAGACACCAAAACGGGUCCAAGCUACCUACGGUGUUUGGAAAGUGAUCCAGUCCGCGAUUCCUCUUCUAAGAGGAGCCUACCCGAAGAUAAGGGAAGAGUUCCGUGAGCUUCUUAACCAGGCCGAGAUACCCCGCGAAGCUUAUUGCGAUGAAAUGACCACUAACUAUGCUGACCUUGCAGUUGCGAGAUACUAUUUGGAUCAUUUCGAGAGCAGCAAGGAAACUAUCGGCAAUAUGUUCUCGAUGAUCAAGGGGAAGAUUAUUGAGAUGCUUAAGGAAUCCAAGAAGCUGUCGGAAGACGAAAAGAAGCAGGGCGUUGAAAUUAUGGAGAAGAUGGACUACACUAUUGGGUCAUCGAAGAAGCUUUCUGAUGUUAAGGAAUUGGAGAAGUACUACGAAGACGCGAAACUUGUGACGGAUAACCUCCUCCAGUCGGUUUUGAACAUGAAUAUCUUCAAGAGGAUGAGGAAUUACAGCAACAAGUGGAGGGCUGAGCAGUUUGCUCCGCAGAAGCUUGCUUCUGCGGGAAUGCCUGAGAACUUCGAAAAUCAUUUGUACAUACCAAUAAGCAUGAUUCCCAAUUUGAUGUUCGACAACAAUCUUCCGAUGUACUUAAACUUUGGUGCUGCUGGAAGCAUGAUGGCCCAGGCAAUGUUCAGCUCAGUAGCACACUUGGGGAAGACAUUCGCUGAAGAUGGCAAGGUCAUUCCUGAUGAUCAGUACAAGUGCUUCAUGCAGAUGACGGACAAUUUUACCGAUCCGAUGAUCAGGGAAGCUCUCUUAGAGAAUGCGCUGGAUGAGAUGUUGGGUCUGUAUAUCGGCUUCCAGGCAGCCUAUAAAGCCUAUCAUCAGUACGUAGCUGAAUCUGGCCCUGAAUUGGCCCUACCCGAGGUGCCAUACACUGUUCCACAACUAUUUUGGGUAGCUUGGACCCAGGUACUUUGCUACGCAAAAGGCGAAGAAAUACCCUUGCCCAAACCGUUUGAAGGCUCGGAUCUCAAUGUUAUGGAGUACGCGAACAUGAUGAUGAUGGCCAAUGUACCCCAAAUUUCAGAGGACUUUAAGUGCCCCGUUGGCUCGUUGAUGAAUCCUCAGAAGAAAUGUACUUGGUGGUAG